ACGAGUCACGUGAUCGUAUAAAAGCUACCUGUGCCACAAGAGGAAAGCCAUUAGUCUCCAAGUUGAGUGACAACAACACCAUCAUCCCGUCACAGCCAUGAAAUUCGCAAGUAUACUUAAAUAAUUCACGGAAGAUGUAAAUGAAUUUUUACGGAAAGUUCAACUGUAUUUGCUUAUCGGUUUACGGCAAACGUCUUCGCUCCUCGCAAAAGAGUUUGUGGUUUGCACUAUUUUAUUGGUGCUAGCGCUGGUAGAUGGCGGCAUAGUCCGUCAAUUAAACCCGCGUCCAUGAGCUCGGCAGUGCUUCACAAACUUGCAAACCAACAAACGUCUCAUGCAAUGCACGCCAUCAACAAUCAGCUGAUAGCUCACCUGUUUCCUUAUACCAAUUUACAUUACCCUUAUUAGCCUCCAUUCCGUCAGAUGACACAAAAAUCGUUUGCCCUUUGGGCCCUCACUCCGUUCGCGAAGUUUCCAAUAGGGUUCGGCCCUGGUUGCUAUUGAAUCGCGGUAAUCUGCUCCUGAUAAACUUCGACGGUUCCCGGUAUUCGUGAAGUUUUCGAUAGCCUCGGAGAAAAAAUAACCACACAGUACAAUCAAAAUUGACCGCUAGUUCCGAUUAAGUUAUUGGUUUUCUCAUUAAAUCAGCUUAAUUUUAUGUUUAGUUUAAUAGAUCCGAAAAAAUCUAUAAGGCCAGUAGAAAAAUAAACUUGAUUUCCGUGAUGAGCAUUUGAUUUUGGAUUAGAAUCGUGUAUGCUAAGCAAAAUUUGAAAUUUGGCAGAAAAUGAAAAAGUGGGAAGGGUAUAGCCUUCUCAUUUUCGUCAAAAUAUGCAAAAAUCGACAUCUCUUAGAAGUCGCUAAAAAUUGCACGUUGUGAUCAAAAUUUAACGCUGAAUGCAGGGAAUAUAUUUGUUUUCUCAUCAAUCCAGCUGUUUUUGAAAUAAAUGUGACCAACGCAUUGCUGGCGCGCCAGCACUAACUUAUUGUUUUUUACGUUUAUUUUAGAAACCAUAAGCCUCACGUUAAAAAGAACUUGCGUGUCGUGAUCAUGGCUCAAUUACGAAUCGAAAUCAUGCAUUUUUUAGUAAAUCUAAAAUUUUGAAAAAAAUGAAAAAGUGGGAAGGCUAUAGCCUUCUUAUUUUCGUCAAAAUCUGCAAAAAUCGACAUCUCUUAGAAUUCAAUAAAAACCCACGCGUGAUACUCAAAACUUAGAGAAACAGCCAUUACAAUCGAGAAGCUAUCAAAAUAAGAUGCCAUCUAGUGGAAAUGAAAAAACCGUCUAGCGGGAAAAUAUAUAGAAAUUUAGAAAUAUAUAGAAUUAUAGAAAAUAUAUAGAGAUUUAGUGACCUUUGUUGAUUGUGUUACAGUCUCUCUGAUGAAAAAAGCAUCCGAAACGGUACAUGGGUUUUUACCAGAAAAAACCCGAAAAAAAAAAAACAAGAACACUGUUUUUUCAUACUAAAUUAUUACUUGCCAACGGAUCGUAGUUGAUGAGCAAAUGCCUGCAAUUUCAAUUCAAAACACCAAAACCUGUGUGUUGGAACAAAAAUCCGCUAUUCGUGGUGUUACCUCUCUUCGCAGUAUAUAAAACGCCAUCACGUAACGCAAAAAAGAGAAUCAGACACUAAGUUUUGUACAAGACAAAAAACAAAAACAAUGGCCAGUUCCAUGAAAAUUGUAAGUAGUGCAUCGUGUCAAAUACUGUUACGUGUAGAUCAGCAAUAACACUAUAUAGCUUUUGAAAUUCCUUAUUAGCUCGAAUAGCUAAUGGUGACCGUAAUGCCACCGUUUUUGCUGCUUGGCUUGUGUCAAACUCGUUUACCACGACUGAUUUUUUUUUUCGUGCAGAUUACAGCAGCGAUGUUGGUCUUGACUAUCGUGCAUGUCGAUCUUCUACCCGCACCGCAAUUCGUUCCGUUGGGCAACAACUUUGCUUACGACGUCAUUAAUAGCCAGACGACUAGAUUGUUUCAUUUUUUUCGUCACGUCCUUCCCAACACAUCUUUUCCUCCUCUAAAGAGGCCAAUGUUUGACGCAGUAUUGACGUUACGCAGUCGAUCGUAAGCUCAAGUUUGUGUACUGCAUCCCAGAUUGUGCCCUUAAAGUUUUUGCUUGUUGAUUUUUCUUAUACAUUUUAACGCAACUGUACAGCAACAGAUGGACUAGAUAAUGUCUGUUAGAUCGGGUAUGUUGAAGUAACAUCACAACCUGACAAUUACAAUUUUACUGAAUGUUUCAAUUGAAAAAAGUUAGCUUCGUCCGUUUCAUAAUAUACACAGCUCGUACGGGACUUGCUUUUUAUCCUGCUAAUGCCAUGAUUGUAGCACUAGAUAUAAAUGGAAGUAUCCAAAGUAGGAAAGACAAACAAGAAAGGCAAUUCCUGUUUGGUUUUAAACGCCCAAAGCACGGCAAAAGGUUACUGACUGAAUCCUAUUUACCUAUUCAAAACAUCCGAUGAAACUUGGAACAUAGUAAAUGCAUGACAAGCCCUCGAGGAGAAAGAAGAAGUUUGAGCAUCAGCGAAGAACCUGUUGGGAACAUCUAGAAGUGAAUCGUUCGUUCUAUUUUAUCGAAAAUAAUAAGACCAACAUUCACAGUGGCGUCCGAGUCUCCCAUCAGUGUAAAAGCGAUUGCCAGAGAUCAAGAUUCUUCAAAGUUUUCCAUAAUAAACCACCAUUUAACGAUCGUCAUGAAAUUGACUUUAGCUUUCGCUUUAGUUUUGAUGACGGCCGUAGAUGCUGGCUUAGUUCAAUCCUAUCGUCAAGGUGGCAAUUUCGCCUACGCCUUCAAUACUCAACAACAUCAACCAGUUCCAUUGAUGUACAACCUUGUUCCGGCCUCCCAGCCAAUCUAUUAUGCUAAUCCAAAUGGAUGGCUGGGCUAUUCGGACAAACCUUAUUACACGUAUCGGGAGCUGCCUGACAACGACGAAGUGUUCCGCACGGGAGAGCAAAAUGAAAGUAAAUGGUUUCUUUCGAACCCGGAGAAUACCGCGCAUGCCAUCGCUGCAACAUCCGAUUUCCCAGUUAUAACUGCAUCCGCUUCUGGAGUAAGCACAUCUAAUGGAAUUGCCGCUUCUGCAGUGAGUGCAUCCAAUGGAAUUAGUGCUUCCGCAAUAAGCACACCCAUCCACGGAGUAAUAAUUUCGGGCUCGGCACCCAAUGCCAUCUUCCAAUAUCCUCUGCUGAGGCUUUUUCACAGAAUGUUCAACAGGCCUUUUUCAUUGAUAAGCAGGCCCAAUCGUCCUCUUUCUUCUAUUCCAAGUUUUAGUCCGAUUUUUGGCGAUAGAGACACUAUUGUCAUCAAUGCUAUUCGUUAAAUUCGUUCUAUUUAUAUUAACUGUUAUGUGCCAGUAGGCACGAAACAGAACAAGUCAGAUCCUUUUGUUGGAGUUGUUCUUUAUAGCUUACGUAUUAUUCAUGCAAAUUUGAAAUAAACAAUAUAAAUGUCA